AUGAUAAUCCGAGCCGUUCACAAGGCUCCAUUGGCCUGCCCUCGAGGCCUCGGUCACGCGAACCUCUGCCGUCCACCAUGGCUCCCUCAGAGCCCGCGAGCCCCUGUUCGCAUCUUCCAAACCAGCGCCCCUGCGAGACGCGAACAACCCAAGACCCCCGCGACGACGAAGCCCAGCGAUGGUAGCCCUAAGGCGACCGCUGCGAAGGCCACGCAGGCCAAGAAACCCCCCGCCGACCCCCUUGCGACACCCGAGAAGAAUGCCCAGGAGCAGCGCAAGGCUGACUGGGCCAUCAUGAAGGAGAUGUCGAGAUACCUCUGGCCCAAGGACAGCUUGAGCACCAAGGUCAGGGUCGGACUCGCCGUCUCCUUGCUGAUUGGCGCCAAGGUCCUCAACGUGCAAGUCCCCUUCUACUUCAAGAGCAUCGUCGACGCAAUGAACAUCGACUUUGGUGCGACUGGCGGGACGGCAGUCACCAUAGCAGGAAGCAUGAUUCUAGCAUACGGCGCAACAAGAAUUGGAGCUACGGUCUUCCAGGAGCUGCGGAACGCGGUCUUUGCCUCUGUGGCCCAGAAGGCAAUUCGCAAGGUGGCCUGCAACGUGUUUGACCAUCUGCUGCGGCUGGACCUCAGCUUCCAUCUGUCCAAGCAGACGGGUGGCUUGACGCGCGCAAUCGAUCGAGGAACCAAGGGUAUCAGCUUCUUGCUGACGAGCAUGGUCUUCCACAUUAUUCCCACGGCUUUGGAAAUCUCAAUGGUCUGCGGUAUCUUGACAUGGCAGUACGGCGCCAAAUUCGCCGCCAUUACGGUGCUUACCAUGGUUGGCUAUACGGCUUUCACAAUCUGGACGACGGCUUGGAGAACGAAGUUCCGAAGACAGGCGAACGCAGCCGAUAACAAGGCGUCUACGGUUGCUGUGGACUCUCUUAUCAACUACGAGGCCGUCAAGUACUUCAACAACGAAAAGUUUGAGGUUGCGAGAUACGACCAGGCACUCCAGGCAUACGAGAAGAGCUCGAUCAAGGUCGCUACCUCCCUGGCCCUCCUCAACAGCGGUCAGAACAUCAUCUUCUCUUCCGCCCUGACGGCCAUGAUGUACCUGGCGGCGAACGGUGUUGCGCAGGGUAACCUCACGGUCGGUGAUCUCGUCAUGGUUAACCAGCUUGUCUUCCAGCUGUCGGUGCCUCUCAACUUUCUUGGAUCCGUCUACCGUGAACUGCGCCAGUCACUGCUUGAUAUGGAGACUCUGUUCAACCUGCAAAAGGUGAACGUCUCCAUUAAGGACGUGGCCGAUGCUAAGCCCCUGGCCCUUUCCAAGGGCGGAGAGAUCAAGUUCGAGAACGUCACUUUCGGCUACCACCCCGAUCGCCCUAUCCUCCGUAACCUGUCGCUUACUAUUCCCGCUGGCAAGAAGGUGGCAGUCGUCGGCCCUAGUGGUUGCGGCAAGUCCACCCUCCUUCGCCUGUUGUUCCGAUCCUACGAUGUUCAGUCCGGUCGCAUCUUCAUCGACGACCAGGAAAUCCGCCAAGUCCAGGUUGACUCCCUCCGCAGGUCCAUCGGCGUUGUUCCUCAGGACACUCCCCUGUUCAACGACACUAUUGAGCACAACAUCCGAUACGGUGACAUGUCUGCUCCUCAAGAGCGCGUCAUUGCUGCUGCCCAGCGUGCGCGCAUCCACGAGAUCAUCGAGCGCUUCCCCGAUGGAUACCAGACCAAGGUCGGAGAGCGCGGUAUGAUGAUUUCUGGCGGUGAGAAGCAGCGCUUGGCCGUCAGCAGACUGCUUCUGAAGGAUCCCCCUUUGCUCUUCUUCGAUGAGGCGACUAGUGCUUUGGAUACCCAUACCGAGCAGGCGCUCAUGCUCAACAUCAACAGUAUUCUCCGCGAGAAGUCGCGGACCAGUGUGUUUGUCGCGCACAGAUUACGCACAAUCUUUGACGCGGACUUGAUUAUCGUCUUGAGGGAGGGCAGUGUGGCUGAGAUGGGUACUCACAGGGAGUUGAUUGAUCGGGGCGGACUGUACGCCGAGCUUUGGAGUGCCCAGGAGACUUUGUUCAACGCAGAUGGAGAGCGCGAGGUCGCAGAGGAGGACGCGCAGAAGCCACCCGCUGGUCGCUGA